GUUCACUUCGCAAUGGCUGCCUCUUGCGGGUGGUAAAUUUCCUUGUCGUCGUCGUUUAGUUGUCUCCAAAUAAGAGGCUUUACCAGGAUCUCUCAAAUUUCUGAGGACUCAUCAGCGAGGCCACCGACAAUGGCGGCACCAUUGGUAGCGGCUAUUGUGCCUGGAGGCAGCUGUUGCCAUGCCAACGAUGCCUCACUGUGAACAACAGGAACACCGAGUCUCCCUUCACCUAUGGCCUGCCUUGGUCGGUUGCCUUCUGCACAGCUCACCGCGUGACAUGGACCAACAGGCUUCCCCGGGAAGCCUCGACUUCCGUGAUGCACCCGCUCGGGAAGAACGCCAUGCCAGCGGCCAGGCCCAAGAGAGCAGUACCGAACAACCGCGUCAUUCCGGCCACCCCGUCAUUUUUCAAGUUGACCUCCACCCACCUUCUGGCCAUCAGAACAUCGGAGUAUGGGAAGCAAGGGUGCCGUCAGCCCGACCACCAUCCUCGAGCGUCGAAGAGUGUGGCGCCACCGGAAGUGCUGCAGCUUCGACCUUGUCUGCCGAUUGGCCGUCCACGGAAAGUGCAGGGGCAUUGCCUCUGAGUGUCUACAUGGCUUGCUUGUCUCUCGACUCAUGCCAGGUCUCCAGUCCGCGCUGCCGUCUCGAAGCCACGUGUUGCUGCGACUCGCACGGUGCCAUCGCAAAGUCGUCGCCUUCCGAUGCAGGCAGCCGCCGAGCAUCCGCGUCGGGUCGAACCGACGGUUCGGCAACAAAAGCCUCCAGGUCACGCUGCUCCUUGGAUGAGCCUUCCAACUACACGCUUGUCCUGAAGCCGAAAGCACUGAAGCCUUGUGCUGCGGUAGGAUCCGUCCACUCUGUGCAUUCUGCCCACUCGGCUUGUUCGAUUGGGGCUCCAUUCGAAAGGCCCGAAAUUAUCAGCCGUCCGGGGAGCACGCCGUCACAGGUACUCGGCUCGAGUGAAGAGGGCCGCGAGCUGCUGCCUCAGAUGCCCUACAGCAGCCCAAACAGUCCCAUUCCAUUCUCAGCAGCGUCGAGGGACACAGACACGCAUGUGAUUAAAGAAGAGAAAUCCUCAUCUUCGUGUAGCAACUGCCGCAGAUCACGUUCCACCACCGUCGAGUCGAAGAAGCACCUUAAGAGCAAGAAGAGAAAAGAAAACUCUCGCGCCGAGAGAUGUUGCUCGGAGGAAAUCGGUACACGCAGCAAUUGUGAUGGCAUUGAAGAGCUGUCCGGGCCCAUCGGAAAAGCGUCCUUGCGGCAUUCGCUGGGCUCUUGCUUGGGUGCUAGAGGUCAGAGUGUGUCACGGCCUGUUGAAAGAGCAUCAUCAUCAAAGAGGCGUUUUUCGUUCACUCUACCCAAUGCGCUUCUGAACGUUUUCCGCAAGGGAUCUAGUGCCACACCAUCGGUGCGGAACAGUUCGAGCCAGACGGAUCCCUAUCCAGAGGAGGUGGUCCGAUGCAGUGAGAAGGCGACCAGUCCAUAUGCCGUGCGGGCACUGCCUCCACUUCCAGGCAAUGCCACCGUUACACUGUGUGACCACUUUGGCAGGGCCGAUGCAGUCAGCUGUGCCUCAGAUGAUUCGGACAGGAAGAGCCUCGACUAUGCAUCAAGCAUCGAGAAAGUUAAAGAUUGUGGUUGGUACUGGGGCCCCAUCAGUGGAGAGACAGCUGAACGGCUGCUAGCACAUGAACCGGAUGGUUCAUUUGUAGUGCGCGACAGCUCUGAUGAGCACUACAUCUUCAGUUUGACUUUCAAGCUCAACGGCUUUGUACGGCAUGUGCGCAUUGAACAUGACCAAGGCAACUUCAGCUUUGGCUGCCUGCAGAAAUUCCACAGCAACACCAUAGUGGACUUCAUUGAGAAUGCAGUGGAGCACUCGCGGAGUGGGCGUUACCUGUUCUUCCUUCACCGGCGUCCCGUGCUCGGUCCCAUGCGUGUACAGCUCCUGCAUCCGGUGUCUCGUUUCAAGCAAGUCCAGUCGCUCCAGCACCUCUGUCGGUUCUCCAUAUUGAAGACCAUACGGCGGGACUUUGUGGAUGCGCUUCCAUUGCCAGCGCGUCUCAAGGCAUACCUGAACACACCACAUUACUACUCUGAAGAGCUGGCCGACUCGGUUGCCCUUGGCGACGGAGGCCUGGCAGUCCAAUCCCAGGAGUCGCUAAGUGGGCGGCAGGAGGGGCCUUUCAGUCCAAGUUGAUAGCACUUGCUGAGAAGGCAUGGUCUGAUUUCACCUUUCUCUCCCUCACGCAUGUGGGAGGCUUCUCUUUCUUUUUUUGGCUGCAGCAUCCACAUUGAAGGUGCUGCCAGCAUGAAUUCAAAUUCGAGCUAGUCAGAGUGAAACAGGGCACGAUUUUUGCUCUUCUUCACUCACCAGUGCCUGCAGCAUUGGCACGGUUCAGUUUUAUAACCUUGAGUUACACGGCCCGAAUUCUACGACCAUUUAGUCACUGAUGUGUUCUUUCUUAUGGUGGUAGUAUGUUGCCACCGGGGCAUAAGCUUAGAAAACAAGCAGUGUUUCGAUCACUUGAGUGUCUCCACGUUCAUAGGAGUACACUGGUUUGGAGAUUUCAUCUCAGCGUUGUACCCCCUCUUGCACAACUCUUAUAUAUAAUGCUAAGUGUCCACGUGUUGGAAGUUCAAGACUCCGUAAUUGCUAAUGUAUCAUCAUAUUGGUGGCAGCAUCACCAAGCAUACUGAACGUGAAAUGUGAACCUGUUUUGACUACUGCUGCUUUGUGAAUUACCUUUUGUUACCUGCGUAUAGAUGAAUUCUUAUGAAGCUAAAAAGAUUUAAUGAACUGAAAGCCUCACUUCAAUUCUGCAGCUUUUACUUUCAUGGGGGAUACAACAGGCCAACCAAUAUUCUAGUUUUUUUUCCCAGAUCUUCCUGAAGCGUUCUUUGGAGUGAAUUAUCGCAAACCGAUUUGCAUUUUGCACAAGGGAUUAGAGGAUUGGGGUGGUUGCGCGGAGGAAUGUCAACCCCUACUUUUUCUUUUUUUGCUGAAUACAGACUGGUUACCACUGGGUGCUGGAGGUUUUCGUACAUACAUAAAAAGAAUUUUGUUUACAUUUCUACUCUUCUUGAAAAGGGAUUUCAGACCUUGCUUUUUGUUCCCACACCAAAGAACUAACCAAUGCGUGGCUUCAGUGCGAGACGCACAUUUGCUGAAGUUGCCACUUCUGUGACAGUAUUAUAACUUUGACUCUCCGCUACUUUCCGAGACUUUGAAAGCAGAAUCGUUUGAACCAAAGUUGCGGGACAGUGUCAUUCUCUUCGUUUUCCUACUUCCACUGCAGAAUGCACCUUCAUGACAUACAUGCCCCUCAUUAGUGUGUAGGGCCAUCAUGUCAGUACCUUCUCGUUUCUUGAAAAACUGAAUCCUCGCAACAUAGUUACAUGAGUUCAGCGCGCAACGUGGAAUCGCGUGCUACCACAAUGCACAGCAAACAUAUCUAGGUGCUUUACCCUGUCUAUUGCUCACAAACAUGGUGCAUGAAACAUCUGUGCGAUUACUAGUGCGAGGCAAUGCAAGCAAAAAAAAUAAUAUUUGCUGUGUGCACUUUCAGUGGAGGAUUUAAUAGCACACUGCGGGGAGAUAUUAUUUGAGACGGAUUGGUAAAUGACCCUUCCACAGUAGCCUAAAAGAUAGUCUUACCGUGAGAUGAGGCUAGGUGAUCUAAGAAAGGUUCAAAAAUUAAAAAAAAGACGACAGUGACUGCCAUUGUGAAAUCUACACCAGAACACCAGGCUGUUGUAGAUCUUCACAGUCUGUGCUUGAGCCUGGCUUGCCUUUUAACGAUAAAGAUGGACCACGUCGUUUUCUUAAGGUUACUGAACUGUACUAAUUUUGAGCUUUCUUUUUCCUGUGCCACUAUAACCCAAAUAUGAAAAAAUACUUUGAAACACACGUCACAGCGGCCCAGCAAUGCUGAGGUUGUGGAAAGAUAUUUUUAAAAAUUUAAUCUUAAUUUUCAUUUUUAACUGAUAUUUAGCCAGUUGCCAUGAAAUUGGCGAGAAUAGUUUUUAAAAGAUAUUCUGUCAUUGUAAACUGAAUAAAUGGUUCUCUAUAGCGUGCCUAUGAGGCUGUUGGGAGUCUUCGUUGUAGUUUGUGUGACAGCUUCGAUCUCCUGCGUAUUCAGAGAUGCCUUUGGUCUACUCAUACUUUGGAUGUGUUGACAACAGUGUUUCAAUGCGGGGCUCGCAGUGUCUCUUGCAUCAUUUGCUAAUAAUGACUGAUGUUGUAGAUGUGAUCUGUAUGUGAUAAUAAGUACUUAGUGUAACUAGUGUUUUAACCUUUGCAGCGAAUAUGCUGCUGGAAUUCUUCAGCACUUGUGAACUGUUAAAUGUUGCGUAAUGUUAUGGUUGCUCAAAAUUAAGACAGGUUAGGUAUAAACAGAAUGCCCUCAUUCAUUUCAGCUUCCGUCGUUUCGUGUUGUGCUUGGGCGGCUUCACCCUGUUUGAUUUGUUCCAAAUCGUCAUUGCAAUCGGUGGCCCGACACAUAGCUGUGCGAAACCACUUAAGUAGUUACAAUGUUUGCUUGAUUCUGAUGCUGAUAAAAUUUUUGUGUGUGUUAAAAUGUAAAUAUAAUAGCGUUUGCAGAAAUCAGAUACGGAGCUGGUGUAGUGAGACAACUCUAGCAUACUCUCAAGUUUUGGAAUCGGAAAAGAAUCAAAAGUGCGGGAUUUACUUUCACAGAAUGUAAAUUUCAUACUUGCAUCGCUAGCAUCAUCUUUGUGAGCACUUUAUUAUUGUCUAUGGACCACAAUGCUAUCUUGUCCUCCGUGCAGUUCGUUACUUUCAGUAUUUCACAUUUCUUCAGUGACUCCACAGCAAUCUCCAGUGGGAUGGGAAUUUAUGCCCCAACUUUGCUUGUUUGUAUUGCGAUGCGUGCAAGUCUUGGAAAUGCCAGAAACGCAUGAUGCGAAUCUAUUGCUGGUUCUUUAGUGUCUUGUGAAUUUAGUUUUGAAGUAGGUCAUUUCUGUAAUGAAAACUGCGCGCCAUCACCAUGUGACACAAAAAUCUUUUUAUUGACAUUUUGUUGGAUAUGUUGCUUGCUCCGAUGGUGGGCUGUUAGCAUUUCAGUUCUGAUUGAAUUGAAACACAGGCAUUGAUUAUUGGACCCAUAUUAUUGGUGUGCUAGAAUUGGAUAAAUUUAAUACUUGUAAGAAGUUUCCAUAAUAUCUUCUGAAAGUUUUCACAGGAUAGAUGUUUAUUGGCAAGAAAUGGGCAAGGUACUGACUGCGAGCCACACAUUUACGCUUUGUUAGCACAUCUGAGGCCUUCACAUUGCUAGUACGUAUAGUACCUGUGGUGCAUUUGGGAGCAGUGUAAUUUUUAAUAAAAGUCGCGUAACCGGGAGGUGCUUCAAAUGAGAAAGAGAGCAAAAGAAACAUGCAAGACCUUUAAUGCACAGAUGUGCAUGCCCUCGCAUGCCGCAAUGGACUUGUUUUUGCGGCUUUCUGCCAGCUGUAAUCUGUGUCGGCUAGAACUUGGCUGGAUCGAGCACGGUCUUUGACGCAAGGGUCACUUUCUGUAUUGUGCUUAAUUUUUCAGCAGCAUUGUCUCAGUAUGACUUUAAUGAAAUGGACUCGGCUUUGUUGCCAUACGCGGUCGUGCUUCUACAAUUUCGCUUUCUGUGUCGCUUUCAGCAGCCCAAGGUUUGCUCAGUAUUGUAUGGGAUUUUAGAUAUGCGAGCAAACUCUUCUGAGUAGAACGAGACUAAGCACCACACAGAGCCUCGGCUUACCUUGAUGCAUCUUGCAAGGGGCACAUAGUGAUGUGAGGUCAUUCUUUUUUCUUGGUUUUGUUUUGUGAAGAAACGUGUCUUGUUUUUUUAAGGAGGCAGAUGUGUAUCUUCUCUUUGCACUGCUGUUCUGAUUGAUUGCACGCAACUGCAUGUGUUUGUGUGCACCUGUAGUCCUGUGUCUGUUGAAAUGCUUGUUGUCCAAGAAGUUUGAGAGCAGUUUUUUUGUGAAAGCACUUGAUGAAUCCAUUGUAGUGACUGGGAGCAAUGCUAGGAGGAAUGAAGACACCAAGAAGAAAGGAGCGACUAGGUUGUCACUUCUACUGAGGAUGGUGGUUUUGUAAAUAAUGCGGUCCUAAAACAGCAUUGCCACUGCUGCUGCUAUUUUUGAAUGAAAAUCGCAUAAAGCAGCACAAAGAAUCCUUUUUAUUUAAUGCAAAGCAUGCUUGUUUAUGGAGAUUGUCAAAGUUUUAAUUUGUGAGCAUACUAAAGUAGUUCAUGGUGAUUUUAAAAAUGGCCAGGGCUUUUGUGGAUGAGAGGUUGCUAAAUAGCCAAACUGGCAUUCUGUAUCCAAAUUUGGCAACCCUGAACACAACCUCUUCAUCAAAGUGCUUUUGCGGUUUAUGCAUGUGGUGUCGUAGGUGUGGUCAUUCCUUAGAACUUUUGUGUAUUUGAGCAUGUGUCUUUCAGUGUGGUACUAGAUUCUCUAACCUCGUUGCCUGCUGGCCUGUGCUUUGAAGUCUGUGCAUUUUCCUUGUGUAGGAUUCCUAUGCCUUUGGAGGUUGCUCUACUUGUAUGUUGCAUCGGUUUGAUUUAACACUCUGGCAUUAUGUCUCGUUGUUGAUAACCUUCUGGAACCAGUGAAAUAUUGGGUCGAACUAAACACAGUGUUCGGUCAUAUGCAUGCAAAGCUCCUAUUGGUAGCUCCGCUUGUGAAUCAAACGUUAUCCCUCUUCUCCGAGUGUUUGUGUCUAAUUUCUUACUGUUGUUAACAUUGGAAGCUGGGUCUUCUAAAUACCUUGAAACAGAAGAAAGCUGGGAUCGUGAGGGGCAGUUCGGGAGCUAGACAAGAACUGAGCUUUCAUGGUAAAGUUGGGAAAAGGGAAAGGGGUGUCAGAAACAGUCUUGGUGUGGAAAAUAAUGCUGACAUGGGCAACAUACUAUAUGAGUUCUCUUGGUUCUUUUUCCUGAAGGCUUUUUUCCAACCCUGAAGUGUUUCUAGUAUUAACUAAUUUUCUACUGCAUACAAAAAGCAUUCAGCUAAAGAGAGUGGUUAUGAGGAUGCUGGUUAGUCUUGUGUAGCAUCGUUUCCUUUUUUUUUCUUGUGUUAACCUAGAACUGGGGUUCUCAAACUGUGUUCCACAUAGGGUGUUUUGGGGUUCCCCAGUCAGUCAGAACUAAUGCAACCCGAUUUUAUUUUACCACCUUAACACUCAGUUUAUUGCUUUGGAGAAGGAAAUGCACGCUGCGUUUUGGAUUUAAUGAAUAAUCCACACCACAUCUGCGCAUUGGGAGCUUGUGAGGGGUGAAAGGAAUGUGACAGCGGCAUUGAGACACUUUAAAAUUUUUGGGAUUCGUGGACCUGCGGUGGCCACUUGCGCUGCAUGUUUUCAAUUUGCGCUCGCAUGAUCGAUUUGUAAUGCAUACAAGGUAAUCAAUUUGUAAAUCCUGCUAGCCAAGAUUCACUCGUCCGCCUGACCGAGAUCGAGUGGUAUCGUUGCAAACAUUCACUUCCAGUUUGUAUUCGUGUCCACCCUGUUCAUCUGUCCUGUACGUGUUUGUAUUAUGACCUUUAAAUAGUGGAAACGCUUGUGUUGUGCUGCGUUUGAUGUGUGCCACAAGUAGUUGUGAUGCCUAAACAGUAUUUGAGCACUGUUCAGGUUUGGCACGAAAGACUUAUGAUUGGUCUUCCCUUUACGUGCAUCUGCUGAAUGACCACACUUGUGUAAGAAAAGGGCAGCUGAGCACUGCAUGAACAGCGCCUAGGUAUUCCCCUUCCAUGUAUGGCAGUGUUGCACGUGGUCCCAGCCCCGACUGUCACAUAGGUGACGUCGCCCCUGUCUCCAUUCUUCCUUGCCAUCCAAUGCCUUGUAGGAGGAGGAAAACUCUUCCCGCGUAUUCGUCGGCUGUGAUUUCUCACGUGUCCACGCCUCGACCCCUCGCCAAAGCAGGCGGUGGUAGGGUAGUAGAUUGUCGUCUGUGCCAUUUUCACCACGUGCUCGUGUGCUCGUAUCAAUGUUUUGAAAGAGGAACAUAGUAUUUCAGGCCGUGUCUCAAUUGCUUCCGUGCAUCUGCGCAUCUUUACGACAGGUGCAGGCAGUAUUGCUUCGAGGCACUGUUUUAUGCCACGUGUUUUUGCAGCUGAAGACCUGGCUCAAGUGUGGUUUGUGUGUCAAGCUAGCUGUUCUCUCUCUGUCCUUCUAGACCUUGGAGACUUUUAAGUGUAGUGUUGGCAAUAUUGAGUGAAACAUGACCACAUUAAAGUCUACUAAUGGGAACUGUUACUUCUACCAAGAAUGUCUGGAACACUUUCUGCUUUCUUUGUAUAACCUAUUCCUCGCUGUUGGGAGAGAGUAGUUACUAUGGACUUGGAUCAUAUUGGAUCAUCCUAUGCCCCUGUAAGGUAGGAUCCAUUGGAGAGUGUUCCUUACUGAAGAACACUAGCUGAGAAAAUUUGUCGUGAGAUCAUGUCGUCAGCGCAUGGCAUUACCACCUGAAUAGAUGUUUAAAAUGUACUGAUGGCCUAGUUGGUGAGCCAUGAUUUUCGAAUAGGCAGUGCACAAAAGGGCAACGAACACGUACACAAAAAAGACGCAAACACAAGCGCUGUACUGCAACUGGUGUUGCAGUUGCAGAGACCAGUUGCAGUACAGCGCUCAGUGUUUGCGUCAUUUUUGUGUACGUGUUCGUUGCCCUUUUGUGCGCUGCCUAUUCGAAAAUGAAUAGAUGUGUCAUCAAAGAUUGCAGUUGUACGGUUUUACCUUAUUGUUCAUCAUCUAUGAUCAGAUUACCUGUUGUGACUGUCAUUGCUAAAAAAAGAGAGAAGCACUUGAUAUCCUGGUUCAUUAUCACCAGAAGGCAAACAGGGAACUGUAGACAGAAACACUAGGCGCAUCCGAGUUAUCGUAACUUUUCAUUUAUCAUACAAAUUAAAUUUUCGUGGCGUGUCACAUACCAUAAAGAAACAUUUUUGUGGUGACUUGCAGCAUGACCUUUAUUUAUGUUUGUGAGACAAGCAUGGGUAUAUCUUAAGCCCUUUGCUCUGUAAAAUAAGUAAGAGGUAAAUACUUUCUCAUUUUCAUUCGUUCAUUUGAUUAAGGACAACUUGGAGAAAUGUCUUAGGAAACAUGGCAAAAGGCUUUUGCACUCACGUUUUGCUUUCUUUCCGGCGCUAAGAGGAUUGCAAAUGGAUGGAUACCAACUAUCCCAAUUGCUUUGCACCAAUUUUUGCUGGAGUAACAGAAAAUGUAAUUAAGUGGCCACGUUUUAGAAUAACAAAAAUAGAGUCACUAUAUUCUCUUGUAUGUUUGGUUGUGGGCAGGUUCCAAAAUUGAGGAUGUGGCUGGGACUAAAAGAACCUGUGAGAGACCCGCACCCGCUGGAGCCGUCCCACGAUUGCUCUUGUAGAAAGCUUUGUGCUACUUCUCCCAGGCCUACAUGCCCUCCACAGAGACAAUCUUGACUCUCGACCAAAAUCGACUACGGAUUUUAAAAGAAGGAACGAAAACACAUACAUUUUGCACUCUGGAUUUUUCUAAUGCUCGCCCAUAAUGCACUCCUUGCUGUGCAUGUCGCAUGUGUGGUGGAUGUCUGUUGCUAGGUUUCGUGUUAGUGCCCUAGGAACCGCCACCUUUUACACCGUAGAAUAGCGAGAAAAAAAGAAAAAGUGAAUUGAAAUAUUGUUAAAUGUAUAUGGAAGGUGCGCAGGUGAGACCCUCGGAUGCAUGCAAAGAUCAGGCAAAAUUGUUUAAUGGUUGCUAGGCGUUCCUGUCAAGCCUGCACUAUUUGUUUUCACCGAAUGAAGUGAGCUUUCCUUUUAGAUUCUUCUUUUUCUGGAUAUUGUCAAUGUAGAUUAUAGAAAGCUGAGCAAGUUGCUACGUUUCGCUGUUCAGCAUGUGACUCGUUCGGCUCUUUCGUCUCUGUUCCGCGAGUUGUGCAGGGAUGUUUGUCAAAAAAAAAAUUGGUUUCGUUCCUUUCGUCGACAGUUCCUUUUCUGGUUCUCUGCCACUGUUGAUAACGUGCAGCUGUGACUCUAUCCGGACAAAACAGGCAAUUCAAUCAAGGCACUAGUAGUUGAAUUGCACAGCAAAGGGCCAGCCUCUGCAGCAAUGUUAGAGCACAUCUAAGCCAGCGCUCAUUCAUUCAACAUUCGGCAUUAAGUGCCAAGGCCACUCCUGUGAAAAGUAUUGUGUAAGGGUUUCAGCUGGACACUGUUUGGCAGUUUCCACAUACACAUGUUAUGGCUUCCUGUGCGCCUUCCUGUCUAGGUUUUCUCAUGAAGCCGAGACGUCCAACAAAAUGCCCUAUGUUUUUGUGGCCACAAGCGCAAGUGUGCUGUCAUGUGAAUCAGUAUGGUGUGUAAACAACUCGACAGUGUCGUUGUGCUGUUGUAUCUCCGUAUCACAUUUUUUGUGCGUGAGGAUCUGUCAGAAGGGACAGUUGCAUGUUUGCUUGUGGGCAUCUGUAGGCAUUUGUGCAUGUGUAAAGGAAAAUUUUUAUGCUGUUUUAGCCAGAUGCUGGGUCUCUCUCAAUUUGGAGAGGCACCGAUCCCACCAUCUUUGAAUGUGUAUUUUGUGCCGUUAAUGGCGUGCUUUUCAAACCGGUGGUUUCCGCCAACUUGACAGGUUAGUGCAGUCGUAACAGCUGUGCUGCCUUGUUCCAACAUGUCCUUGCAUUUGCCCCGUGAGUCGCUGUAUAUCUGCCUAGUUAGUGAAAACCAAAGCUUCGUGAGUUUGCUCUUCUUGUGUUGAGUAUGGUUCCUCUUGCACACCAUUGAUUUCACUAUUCACCUGUUAAUCUCACGCAAUUAUUCUCUCACACUCUUGUAGCUGUAUAUUUUAAGCACAAAAAAUCUGUCACGCUGUGGCACUUUGUGUGAGCAUAAUGACAUGUGAAUAGAACGAGAAGGUUUUUUUUAUCAUAAUCUGGAUACAUUUGUUUUCUGACCAAUGGGGAUGUUUUACAUAGUAUUGGUCUCUCUUGGUCCCUGUGUCUUUUUUUCUUUAAUGCAAUUGCUUUUCUCCCUGUAAGAUAGUGAGUCUGUGUUUGUUAAAUAUUGUCCAUGCAAAUGUUUGGAGAUGCACGUAAGGUAAAUGCCAUGUGCACAGAGGAACGUGUGAUGUGUUCUUUCAUGUGCUCUGGACCUAUAUGUGUUUGCGAUUUGCUAUUGUUGCUAAGUGUUCCGCCUUAUAUAGGAAUUAACAGUGUAUUACUUCAUAAAGGAUUGUUUUUGAUGCUCUAUCCAAGACGUGAUGUUGUGCAAGAUCUGUUGAUGGAUUUUCGUUCGCCUUUAAGGGUGCGCGGUUUUGUGUGACUUCUUGUGGGACGUCUGCGAAUAUUAAUGUCUUCUUGGUAGUACUACUAGCAUGCCAAGGGCUUCUGCGCAAAGCUCCGAGCAUCUUUGUAUUUAUAAUCAUGUUUUCUUGUUUGUGUGUUCUUAAUUCUUCAUGAGAACGCUAUGCUUUAUUGCGCUUCACGGUUUAUAUCAAUAGAUAGCCACUAAUGCUGUCGCAAGAAGCUUGCUCAUUGCUUCGUGUUAACUAAGCACUGCAAUAAUGUAAGAAUACUAGGUUUCAAUGUUUGGCAUUCUUUUUACCAUUCUAGUUUGAACAACACUGCAGUCUUUAUUAGUACUGAGCCAUGUGUAGUGGUAAGCUUUCUUGGAGAAUGCAGUUGACAUAACAGCAAGAAAAAUGUUGCCUAAACGUGCAAAGCAAAAGAUGAGUCUAAGAACCAUCUUAUUGCGCUAGCGUGAGGAAGCAGUUUGAACAACGAUGAACACUGGAACUAGACAUAACAGAUGAACACAUGUUCAGUCUUGUUUUCAUGGGUUCGCCUUCUAUACGGACUUCUUAAAAAUGCUAGAGAAAUGGGAUGGAAAUUCACCAACUAGCCCAAUAUUAAGCAUUGUUGAAGUCCGAGAAGAGAAAUGACAGAAAUUUAAUCAUGCUGAAUUCUGAAUCUGGUCGCUUCAUUCGGUUUUACUCAAUCUGUAGCAUUUCCCUUGCAGUUUGCUCAUUUCCAGUUUGCUUGUUGCUUUGAGAUGUGAGGCACCGAAUAUUCUUGUCUUCAUAACAUGUAGUGGUUUCAUGAAACUGCCCAUAUAGUCUAUGCUACAUUGUGUUUAUUAUACAGUGGAGGUUGUGGUUUUUGAAAUGAGAAACCCUGCUCGCGCUUUGCAAAUGCCAAAUCUCGUGCAAUAUGUGCGCAUAUUCAGUGUAUUACAAUUCCUUGCAAGCUCAAAGUUGGUGAGGAGGUGUGAAGAAGAGCGGUGCCUUUGACAACAUUGCUGUGACAGUGGGUUUUGACGCAUCGCUUUUUAUUCAUCGGAUGCUCACAAAAGUGGUCGAUUGACGUUGGUGUGCAUAGGGCAGUUACUAGGCAGAAAAAGUUGGUGAAAGCUGCUGUUAUUUGACAAGGCUGGAUUCCUCAUGGCGUGCACUGGGAUGCUCAUUGGGAUGUUUGGGAAUUUUUACUGAAAACAGUGCUCUGUUAUACAAAUACCGGUGAAAAGAUGCUGUCGGUGCCAAGACUGUUCGUCUGCAUAGAGAGGAUUAGCUGCAACUGGUUAUUGCAUUGCGAAGCACAGGAUUUAGCUGUCCAGUACCACAGUAAGUGGUAUACCAUAUCCUUAUGGUGUGGCCAUACUUCCUUGAACGUGCAUGGUCGUGCAGCAGCUUGAAAUAUGAAGUGGUGAAAGGAAGAGCUGAAUGGUAGAGACAGUGUGGACUGUGUAACUUGCAUAUGUGAGUACAGGCGUAGGUUUACCAUUUGGCCAAAGGGUAGGUGGUAGGGAGGAGUGGUCAAGCAAGACCAAUGGUGCAUUAUGAGUGAGGCAAACGAUAUAAAUUUGGCGUUGUUGUGAUCAAAAUUCGGACGUUUUUCUUUCCUUUUUAGGUAUUACGGUCCCGGUUUGGGGGGAAGGGGGCGUGAGCGCCCUCUCCUGCUGCUCAGUAACUGAAUGUCUGUAGGUGAGACAGCUUUUACAGACUUGGAAUGUGGCAAGCUGGUUCGACCGGUGGCGUUGCAAAAUAUUACGAGAAAAAAAAAAAAAGCUGCGCCCGCUUUAUUUCUGUAGGAACACACUUUCUACUGAUGUGAACCACUAGAAAAAUUGCUGCUAACAAAAGAUGUUUUCAGUAGCAAAUUGAGAAAUAAUCAGCUUUAAAGUCAUUGUAGAUUUCUGUGGAAAAGUUUCAAGCUGAUGCCUUCUUCAAGAUCGAUGUCCAAACUCGACUCAUUUUGACAACCUUGAGGGCUAUGAUUCCUUGCCUAACCAACUACACGUACCAUGUAUCGUUAUAAAAAGUGCACUCAUGGGGAUUCCAGCUUGCAUGAGUGGUUGGCAAUACGCACGUUCGCAAACAGUCUGUGGUGGCGAAGAUCCUGACUCCACGAAUUGGUAUGCGGGAAUAUGCGUGAAUGUACAUGGACUAGGUGGAUGGUAUGCAGUCUCUCGAUGGCGCCCGCGUUGAUGCUUAAGCAAACGAAAACCUAUACAUAGUUGUGUUUUUCCCUGUAUGCUGCUCCGCAAAAUGUUUUCUUCCGUGUCUUGUGCUUUGAAGAGAAUUUUGCAAUCAUUUAUAUAGAUGCGACAGUUUUGUAGGCUUCUCUGGAAUAAAGUUGACGUGUAUACCUUAUAA